AUGGACGACGACUUCAUAGUCAUCAUCGACAAUCUUGACCUCCUAUUCUUCGCAUCCUCUUACAGCCAAGCACCUCACCUAGGCGAUAUUGCCUAUGCCCAUGCUACCAAGCUUCUCACUACGCAUCUUCGCAAGGAGUCCGGGCCCAAUAAUGAACGUUACUACUCAACAUAUCAUGGUGUCAACUUCUCGCCAACAAAUAAUGGCGCAGUGAGAAAGGAAUUCACAGCGCAGGGUUAUUCUGAUGAGUCAACAUGGUCUCGUGGACAGGCUUGGGCAAUUUUGGGAUACGCACAGACAUUUGGAUGGACGAAAAACAUCGACUUUCUGGAAGCCGCAAUGUGUCUAGCAAAUUACUUCAUUCUUCGCAUGGAACAAGCCUCUGACACAGUCGUUGAGAAUGGCUUUGGGCGAUAUGUUCCUUUGUGGGACUUUGAUGCACCAAUCACAAGCAUCUCAGUCAAUGGGACUGAAGCUCCAUUAAGAGAUGUCUCUGCUGGACUGGUUGCUGCAAAUGGAAUGCUUAUUUUGUAUGGCCAUCUGGCUGGACUAGGUAGGCUCGAUCUGGCAAACCGAUUUUUGGACUAUGUGAUCAAGAUUUCUGAGCAUACGAUUGCUUUGGCGUACAAUAGUAAUGAAAUGCGGUUUGCUGAAGAUCGUGUGAAUGGAAGAUUGACAAUCGAGGCAUGCGGAGGGGCGGGUGCAAGGCGUUUUGACUCUAUUCUUGAGCGUUCUACUGCAAAUUUCAACGAGAAUCAUGCGGAUAGAAGUUGGGAUCAUGGUUUGGUAUACGCAGAUUACUAUUUUCUCGAGCUUGGGAACCGUCUGCUUGAUAUGGGAUUGGCAUGA